AAAAAAAAAUUAAGAAAAACUUGAAUCACCAGUAGUCUAUUUCAACGCAGCCGUGCGGUGAGCACAGAGAGGACUAUUCUUUCGCCUUUCACUAGUGGUCUAUUUCACAAUGCUAUUUUAAAAAAAAAAACCAGUAAAACGACUGCCGACUCGGAACCCUAACUCGGAACCGUCUCUCUCUCGCCUCUCAGCUGCUGCUACUGCCGCCAUGGCAGAGGAAGCAGGUAUGUUUGUGGUUCCCCAAACCGUUGGCACUGUUUUAUGUUGCAAAUGCGGUAUUCCAAUGGCACCGAAUGCUGCCAAUAUGUGCGUAAAGUGUUUGCGCUCUGAAGUUGACAUCACAGAAGGUCUACAGAAGCAUGUGAUCAUAAUGCAUUGCCCUGAGUGCAACAGCUACUUGCAGCCACCAAGAACUUGGAUCAAAGCUCAAUUGGAAUCAAAAGAGCUGUUGACAUUCUGUGUGAAGAGACUAAAGAAUUUGAACAAGGUAAGAUUGGUGCAUGCGGAAUUCAUUUGGACCGAACCCCAUUCAAAGAGGAUCAAGGUCAAAUUGAAAGUUCAGAAAGAGGUUCUUAAUGGAGCAAUACUUGAACAAUCGUAUGUGGUUGAAUAUGUUCAGCAAGAGCACAUGUGUGAAUCAUGUUCAAGAGUUCAGGCCAAUCCUGACCAGUGGGUUGCGGUAGUGCAACUACGCCAGCAUGUUUCUCACAGGCGUACUUUCUUUUAUUUGGAGCAGCUAAUUUUGAAGCACGGUGCUGCUGCUUCUGCCAUAAAGAUUAAGCAGAUGGAACAAGGUAUCGACUUCUUUUUCUCUAACCGGAGUCAUGGUGUGAAAUUUGUGGAAUUCAUUGGUAAGGUUGCUCCAAUGAAGAGUCGCAAUGACAAACAGCUUGUUUCCCAUGAUAUAAAGAGUAAUAACUAUAAUUACAAGUAUACAUUCUCAGUUGAAAUCUGCCCAAUAUGUCGUGAGGAUUUGAUCUGUUUGCCGCUCAAAGUUGCUGCUAGUUUGGGAAAUCUUGGCCCAUUGGUGAUUUGCACCAAAGUGACCAACAGCAUUGCUUUGCUUGACCCGUUGACCUUAAGGAUUUCUUACUUGGAUGCUGAUCAGUAUUGGAGGUUACCGUUUAAGUCCCUACUCACAAGCAGGCAGCUGGUGGAGUAUAUUGUUUUAGAUGUGGAGAUAAUUUCUUCUGAAGUUAAUGUUGGUGGCUCCAAGUACGUUUUAGCUGAUGCACAAGUGGCCCGAGUGUCAGAUUUUGGAAGAAAUGAUUCAAUUUUCAACAUAAGAACACAUCUAGGCCAUCUUUUGAACCCCGGAGAUUUUGCCCUUGGUUAUGACUUAUAUGGGGCUAACAGUAAUGAUAUUGUGAUAGAGAAGCACAAAGGUCUAGUCAUCCCUGAAGUGAUUCUUAUAAGGAAAAGCUAUGAAGAGAAGCGUCAGAAGAAGCGUGGCAAGCCUCGUGCCUGGAAGCUUAAAUCCCUUGACAUGGAAGUUGAUGAUAAGAAUAGAACUGAUCAAGAAAAGAUUAACUUGGAGUAUGAACUGUUCUUGAAGGAUCUGGAGGAGAACCCUGAAUUGAGGUUCAAUAUAUCAUUGUAUCGUAAUAAAGACUACCAGCCAUCAGAGAUGACAUCUGUGGCUGAUGGAGAUGACGUACCUUCUAUUCCGUUAGAUGAGUUGCUGGCUGAUCUUGAUCUAAGCGAAGCAAAAGCAGAAGAUGAAGAUGAUGAAAUGAGGGAGUGAUGACCAGAACCUUUUGAUCCAUUGUCCUACUCUCUCAUUGUCCCUUCACAAGUUCACCACCACCCUUCUUCCUCCGUGUUUUAAACACAAUGAUUUAGGCAUUUUUGUUGAUGAUUUUGUAUGAUUAUAUCUUGGUUGCUCUUGGCUCUUUUAAAUAUGCCGGUUGCUUUUGGGAGUUUUUACAUCUUUUAGGAACAACCCUUUUCAUAUUGAUGAAAAAGAACUACUUUGGAUCUGAUGGGUUGGUGGGGUUUUGUGUUUUCUGUGAUGUUAUGUUGUUUUAUUGUGUUAUUUUUCUUAGCAUGCAAACAAGGACUAAUGGGUUUGUGUUGUUAGUGUCUGUUUUUCUAUGCAUUAUUUUAGGUUUUUUUUUUCAUUUGGGUUCUUGUUGCGAGAUUAUAUAUAACAAAACAGAUUGUAGAAAUGUUGGAUCUCAAUUAGUAUGAUAAUCUCUAAGCAUUAAUGAAUGGAAAUUUGAGCUGGUUAUUGCAUU